CUGGUGUCGAAGGACUCUGGAGUCUGAACGUUGGGAAUCGAGAUCAAGGGACUGAGGUCAAAGAUUGUGGAUGCUGCCAGGCUGGCCGAACCGUCAGAUGCUCGGAGCCGACAGCAGCCGAAAAUCGAUAUGUUUGUAUCGUAGCCAUUGGUCAGCCAAUGCGUCGAUAAGGCGGAGUUUAUCAUCCGCCAGCUCAACCGCCGUGGGGGGGCCGAUGUCUACAUACUCUACACUAGUUUUCGUAGAUGAAUGGCUGAAAUGAGUGACAUCCUGCUUUUUUUUAAAUUGUUGCCUUUUGAAGUGUAUGGUGUUUGUUUGCAGUUUGACUGUUUGUAUCGCUGCGCGAAAGUAGAAAAGGAUCAUUUUAAUUUGAUGCUUUUGUUUGUUUGCCGAUUAUUCGUGGACGUAAUAACGACAACUUUCUUUACCUUUUCGUGUGGAAAACUUCGAUUGUCAAACCAUCGACGGGAUCACUGAAUCCGCUCAGUUGGAGUAUUUUUCAGAUACUGUUGUAUUUUGCGACAGUUUUGUCUUACUCUGAAGCAAACCAAGAAAUCUCAUCAAGUGUUGCAUCUCUGAGGCUGAUCGAUUGAAGUUGUAAUUUUACUGAAGGAUUACAUUGGCGCCUGGUUGUUAAUGAUGGCUAGGAGGUGGUUCCACCCAAAUCUCUCAGGACGCGAUGCCGAAGACGAGCUGUUGGUUCGCGGCACAGAUGGCAGUUUCUUGGGUCGGCCCAGUCAGAGUAAUCCGGGACAGUUCACCUUAUCUGUUCGACGUGGUAAUCAAGUAACUCACAUCAAAAUUCAGAAUACUGGGGAUUAUUAUGAUCUUUUCGGUGGUGAGAAAUUUGCCACACUGGCUGAGUUGGUGCAGUUUUACAUGGAGAAUCCCGGACAACUGCGAGAAAAGAAUGGUGAUUCUAUCGAACUGAAAUUUCCGUUGAUGUGUCCGGAUCCAACCACAGAAAGAUGGUUUCAUGGUUACCUGAGUGGAAAGGAAGCAGAAACUCAGUUGCGCGAUAAGGGUAAGACCGGAAGCUUCUUGGUGCGCGAAAGCCAAAGCAAACCUGGACAAUACGUGCUCUCAGUGCGAACUGACGACAAACUUCCUGUCACUCAUAUCAUGAUCAAUAGCGUGAAUAACAAGUAUGAGAUUGUCAGUGGAGAAAGUUUCGACAGUUUAACGGAUUUGGUCGAGCAUUACAAAAAGAAUUUAAUGGUCGACACAACAGGAACUGUGGUAUCUUUAAAACAUCCGUACAACGCCACGAAAUUCCCGGUUACCGAUAUUUGUGUGCGAGUGCGAGAGCUACAGAAAGAUAGUCAUACGACGAUGAAGUCCGGCUUUUGGGAGGAAUUCGAGUCGUUGCAACAACAAGAUCUGCGCGCCCUCCAUCCAAGGAAGGAAGGGCAAAAGCCGGAAAACAAAGUCAAAAAUCGAUUUAAAAAUAUCCUGCCUUUUGAUCACACACGCGUCAUCCUGCGUGAUUCCACGGAUUCCACCCCAGGUUCCGAUUACAUCAAUGCCAACUACAUCUAUCCAGACGAGAGUAACGAAUUCCAGAAGCGGUACAUUGCCAUCCAGGGAUGUUUGCCAAAUACUUUAGGAGAUUUUUGGCGAAUGGUCUGGCAGGAAAACUCGCGAGUUAUUGUAAUGGCUACGAAAGAAUACGAAAGAAACCGCCAAAAGUGUUCGCGAUAUUGGCCGGAACUUGGACAAGAUCUGCAGUAUGGUCCAAUUAAAGUGCGCUGUUUAAGCGAGACGGGAUACGCGGACUUUUUCCUGAGAGAAUUUGAAAUCCAGAAUAAUCAGCGAAAAGAUCCCGCACGAAUAAUCUCACAAUUCCAUCUGCACGCAUGGCCCGAUCACGGUGUCCCAGCCGACCCAGGAUGUGUGUUGAACUUUUUGCACAAAGUUAAUGAUAGACAAGAAAGUAUUCCUGGUGCCGGUCCUGUGGUGGUGCAUUGCAGUGCCGGGAUCGGGCGUACAGGAACCUUCAUUGUGUUGGAUAUCUUAAUUGAUCAUAUUAAAAAUGCACGAAAGAAUGGCAUUGAAUGCGAAAUCGAUAUCCAUCGCACUGUGCUGAUGAUUCGCGAGCGCCGUUCGGGAAUGGUACAAGCAGAGUCACAGUACAAAUUUAUCUACAUGGCUGUUCAGCAUUACGUGCAGAAUACAAUUAUUCCAGUACAAAGAGCUGAACAGCAGAAUAGCCCUCUGGGUCGAGAUUAUCUGAAUCUGAACAGCACCUACAACCAGAAAAGCACAACACCACCGGGGUCCAUCAACGCCGCGCCCGGAGUACAAAACGUUCCUCCGGCCCUGCUGCCACCCGGCGCACCAUCAGUCCCGCCACGUAGAGAUAACAAGUGAAUCUGAUAUCAUUGUUCAUGAGAUCUCAUCCCCGUGACGUGUGAUGGGGACUGCGUGGACUGUAUUAUUGACGCACACAUCCGAUGUAGACGUAGUUGUUAGUUCCAUUUGGUUCCUGACCGUCCAACAGUGACAGCAGUGCUUGAGUCCAGCUAUUCUGUUGCUCAGUUUUCAUGCCGAGUUAGAUUAUGUCAGUGCUUUUUCUUAUUUAAUAUUUACACACAAUGGUAAUUCUUUUACUACAAAUACUAAAUCUAGACGUUUAUAAAACUAUGUGUUGUCAGAGAUUUCUUUAUGAAUUUUUAUUUUUCGAGUGUUUGUUUUGAAUAUGCUCGAUAGUGUUUUAGUCUUGUUUACUGCUUAAUGGAAAACGCUGCUUAUUUAAUGGGGAACAACAGAGCUGAUUGUUU